UCUUCCUCUCCCUCUCUUCGGUCCGCGUUUGGAGGAGCGACCAGUUGUCCGGGAUUACACAACGACGUCGUCGCCGUACAGUCAAAAGCGUCCUCUGGUUCGGCCAUGCGUUCGACCGUAGUUCUUGGACAUCGUCGGCGUCCCUGAAGAACGACGCCAUGCGUCGUCCGAAACGUGGUGCGCGAGCCUACCAGGGGUAGAUCUGCGACGAGGUGGCUUUCGGUCUUUUUUGUUUAGUUGGAUUCGGAAUGGGUGCUCGCUGGAUAGACUCACAACGGAAACUAUACGGAGCUAAGUUUUACAAGAGUUUUUUACAUUUGAAAAAGUUGUGCUUGUAGUGCGCGAAUGGUAGCUGAGCUUCCUCGGUCACCCUCUUCAGCAUGGACAUUUUUAAAAUCGACCAAUCGCUAAGCGAAACGCUAGGCGGAGCCCCAUCGCCGGAUAAAAUAGCACCGGAAGUGAAAUUUGAAGACGCAGGAUCGGAAUUUAAUUUGUGCUUUUUCGACUCCACCGAAGACAACAAUACUCAGGGAGGAUUUAGCGAUCCAGGUUCAGUUGAAUCACCCUCUGCUGGGGAGGUUUCGCCUCCGCCACCCUGCCAGCUGCAGCUAACCCCCAUACACAUUCAAGCGCCAUCCCUUCAAGCCGGUAGUACCGACUUGGGGGAUGUAAAUACUCUUUUGCUCUCACCCCAAGGAGGCGCGCCCAGCACUACCAGCAUCAAACAAGAACAAAGCAACUACGUGGCAGCCGACUCAAACAGCUCGUCCACCACCAAAACCUUCGUUCCUUGUAAAGUUUGUGGGGAUAAGGCAUCGGGGUACCAUUACGGAGUUACGUCGUGUGAAGGCUGCAAGGGUUUUUUCAGGCGAAGUAUCCAAAAGCAAAUAGAAUACAGGUGUCUGAGAGACGGCAAAUGCCUGGUAAUAAGACUGAACCGGAACCGAUGUCAGUAUUGCAGAUUCAAGAAGUGCCUAGCAGUCGGAAUGUCUAGGGAUUCUGUUCGAUACGGUCGCGUCCCGAAACGCUCGCGAGAGCGAAGCGUGGAAGACAAUCCUUCGAGAGUGUCCACAACGGCCCCUGAUGUCAUUUCGGUGGUAAGCCCCGCCCCCAACACCACUGAGGCCAUGUCCCCCACUUCCGCCGUUCCGAAUACCACCACCAUCACCACAACCACCAGCAGCGUCGUGAUCGACAAUGAUAUCAAACAGUUGGCCGUUUAUGACAUUAUAUUAGGAAUCUCUCAGGCACAUCAUGCAAACUGUAACUAUACGGAUGAAAGAAUGCGCAAUUUGCAGCGACGGCCUUUGCUGCCGCCCCCUAGGUAUAAGCUGGACGAAGACGAAGAUGGGACUGAAGAUGGGGAGGACGACGCGGUGGCAUCUUCAACCGCAGAGUCCUUGGAAAACGACCGUGGCUGGUUGUGGCAGCAGUUCGCCACCUGUAUGACUCCAAGCGUGCAAAGGGUGGUGGAGUUUGCCAAACGAAUUCCCGGCUUUGGAAGUUUAGGGCAGGACGACCAGCUGAUACUCAUUAAGCUGGGCUUCUUUGAGGUUUGGCUUACGCAUGUGGCGCGACUUACCAGCUCCCAAAGCAUGGUGUUUGAUGAUGGCACGACGGUGACGAGGCAACAACUGGAAAUCAUGUAUGAUACUGACUUUAUAGCAUCUGUGAUUCACUUUGCUAAUACGUUUAAUGCACUCGCGUUGAACGAUACGGAAGUAGGCUUGUUUUCCGCCAUAGUUCUUUUAACUGCUGAUAGACCUGGCGUCACUGAUAUCAAAUCCAUAGAGCACCAUAAAGAUAAGCUGAUUGAAGCACUCAAAGUACAGGUCAAUCGGAAUCACGCAAACGAACCACAAGUUUUCUCGCACCUGCUCAUAAAAUUGCCGGAAUUGAGGAAUUUGGGCUUGAAGCACAACAAUCACCUGGACUGGUUUCGGGAGAACUGGCAAAAACUGGUGCUGCCGCCUCUAUUCGCUGAAAUAUUCGACAUUCCCAAAUCGGAAGACGAUUUACAGUGAUAGUUCUGAAUUCGGAUCAUUAACUCGAUAAGGGCAAUGUACUUAAUUAUGAAGAAACCCCCGAACCUGCAAUUUGUCCAGACGAAAAGUUCCAGGGAGAAGACACUAUAGAAUAAAUGCUUUGAGAAAGACAGGGUCCCAAAAUAAUUUAAUUUGUUAUCGACUUUUUAGAUUUAGUAGUUAAAAACAGUUAUACAUAUCAAUGUAAAUGAACUAUAUCAGCUGCUUUUUUCCUGGACAGAGCCGCUCUACGUUGCGUUUCUGAGCGCUCAGAAGCACGACUGUACGCAAUUGGAGCAGUUUACGAACUGAAUUUUUGGUGUAUUUAUUUUCGACGCAUUGACAAAGUCGGCUUUUAGUGGUAACUUCGAAACCCAUACGGUUCGUACGACUCUGUUUUAGGAGUUUUAUUUAUACUGAUAAGUGGAUGCUCAAUUUUUGAGGUUUAAUGUGAACGUUUGCUUUGAAGAUAGUCAUAGGUGUACUUUUUUUACUAGCCGAAAUCAACAGUGGAACUACUAUGUAAAUAAGAGUGUAAAGUGAAUAUCCGAGCUGGAACUUGCGAGUUUUAUGGCAGUUUCGGAAAGUAAAAAAAGAGGAUUCAACUAAAAUAGGCAUUGGAAUAAUUGCGUAGAAUCUACCCCUGUACCUAAAAACUCAUUGUACGCAACUGCUAUUUAAGCGAACUAUAAACAAUAACAGCUAGCUCUCUAUCGCUUAAAAUCUAAUUAAGAAUCAUCGUGCGUCGGAAGAGGUUAAGAAAGUUAAGUUUCUUAACGGAACAAUCAUAUCGCUCAUUUUACGGGUUGGAGUCAUAUCAGUGGUGCAAUUAAUUAAAUUUUGCACUUAUUGAAGGAAAUUUUUGCUUUUUUUAAUGAAAAAACUCGAUUCUACAUGCAGGGGCACUCUGGUACGGUAUAAAUAAACUAAGUAAUCAAUUAAAUACUCGCUCGCUAUACUCAACCUACAGGAAAAGACAUGCAAGUACCUUAACUUUUACAAACAUUCGAUUUACUCACUACUCAAUGUUGUAUAAUAUAGGUUUUAAACUCUACACGUAAUUUUGGUAUUGUUAAAAGUAUUAUUUUUAUAUAUUCUUUAUGUACAAUUUUAUAUAUUUUGCCCGGUAAGUUUUAAUGAGGCUAUAUUUUGUACUAUACGUCGAUUAGUUACAAUGUAAUUGUUAAGUUAUAUGAUAGUUUUUUAUUGUUUCGGACGAUCUGCAAGACUUUACGGCCCAGUGCUAGGCUCAGUAAAUCGAUUUGAAACAGUUUUGUUUUCAGAGACAGUACACUUGGGCUACAAUAGUAUAUGUAUAAUUAAAGCUGUUAAAUAAUAUAAUAUUUAUUUUAUAAAAUACUUUUUACACUGCCGCUUUAUUAUAUUCUGUUGUCGUUUUCAUCCCUCAUGUGUGAUAUUGGCGGAAAAAUUGCAUUUGAAAAAAAGUCACUGACUCGUUGCUUCGUAAUAUUGCACAUGAUUUUUUUUAAAGAUGGUUUGUGGUCUAGGACGGAACACUUGACAAGUAAUACUCGAUAUUCGUAUACAGCUAACUAUAAACUGAUGGCAAUAUGUGUUUUGACAUUUUUAUAUGUGCUCAUAUUGGCGGCAUUUUGGACAUUCAUACUAUUGACUAGUAUACUAAACUAGGCAUCUAAUAUUACGUGUUACUACUAUUGUUAUUGCUCUUUGUUCAUAUUCUAUUUGAAUUUUAGUCUCAGGGUAUUUCAUUUAUUAGCCAUUUGUCUAGAGCCUUGUUUAGCAUUUAAUUCAUCUGUGAUGCUUAAUCUCGAAAUUCAUUUUUAACUUGUUGUUUUCGGACGGAUCGCGAGAACUUACAACAAAGCAACGCGCUCAAUAAAUGGAAUACUUUGCAACAAAGUUAGAAUCUCACUUGUAUUGGUUGGAGCAGAUUAGAAUAUAUUCUCUAUUGUUUAAUGGUAAAUCAGUUCCAUUAGCAUUUCAAAUACCUAAUAUAUAAAGCAUAGCAGGAUUUAUAUAGUUUUUUCAAUAGAUACAAAUAUUGCAAACGUUUACUUUUUUAGCGUUUUCCAUUUUAUUUUUCCACUUUGUUACAAUUUUAUAUUUGUUUCACAAACAUGCUACAUGAAUUUACUGUGUGUUAUAAAUACAUUGUCCUUAUAUCAGUA